AUGUCAUUCUUCAUCCUGGAUUUAAUUGCCUGUCUACCCAAGUCCUGGCAGGACUGGAUACUCCCACCUGCCUCAAUCCCGACCGUGGCCAACGACCCAUCCAAAGUGCAGCUCUCUCGCAUCGCUCAUAUCUACGUCGAACAUAAGGAUCUCGCGAAAUUCGAUGAAUUCGCACAGGAUUUCGGCUUUGUGAAGGCCGAACGCAAGGGAAACACUAUCUACUACUGCGGGUACGGCAAGGACCCAUAUGUCUAUGUCGCCUCACAGAGCGCAACGGGCCAAUCCAGGUUUAUAGGCGGCGCCUGGGUAGCCAAGGAUGAGGCAAAUUUCCAAAAGGCAGCGGCUAUGCCUGGCGCUAUCCUCAAGGAACUUGAUGAAUCCCCUGGAGGUGGUAAGAUGAUCACCUUCUCGCGCCCGAAUGGGACGUUCUUUCAUGUUGUGUUCGGGCAGGCGGAGCGCAGCGUGAACAUUAAUUCAGAACAGCCGCCCUCGGCUACGCAUAUCUCUCAAGGGCCGUACAAUACCCCUUUUGAAAAGAAUCGACUUGGACAGUUCCAACGGUACCAGGAUGGUCCCGCGCUGGUGCACAAACUUGGACAUUAUGGUUACGUGUGUCGCGAAUUCGACACUGAACUUGACUUCUACACUUCCAACUUCAACUUUGUACAUUCCGAUAUCCUCAACCUUCCGCGAUUCCCGCACGUUGACGUACUAACCUUCAUGCACCUGGAUCUUGGACCCGAAUUUUCAGACCAUCACAGUCUGUUCCUCCAGCGGGCACCUCCGAACGUCCGCAAGACAUACCUUCACCAUAGCUCGUUCGAGGUUGCCGAUUUUGACGAGCAGCUAAUGGGUCAUCAGUAUCUUGCAAAGAAAGGGUGGAAAGCCGUCUGGGGCGUAGGGCGUCAUAUCCUGGGUAGCCAGAUUUUUGAUUACUGGUACGAUAGCAGUGGUUUUAAAAUUGAGCAUUAUGCGGAUGGGGACGUCGUGAAUGAAGAAAACCCGACAAGGAGAGAAUACGUUGGGCCAAUGUCGGUGUGGGGCCCUGAAGUACCAAAGGACUUUGGCGCAAAUAAAGCAAAGUAA